AUGUCUAUAAUUGCAGCUUACGUGUCGAUGAUGAUGGCCACCUGUUUGUUGCUCUCCAUCUCCUCGAGCACAGCCAACGUCGGUAGCACGUCAUGUCCGCAACCUGAGAAAGGAGAAAUGGGUCCUCCCGGCCACUCUGGGAAACCUGGAGUGAGGGGUCACAACGGGGUAAAGGGCAGCCCAGGAAUUGCAGGAUCUAAGGGUACAAAGGGUCCAGCCGGUGUGGUUGGUCCACCUGGUAAGCAGGGAGUUACUGGUUCCCAAGGUCCGCCUGGAAAUACUGGAAUUCAGGGUGCACAAGGUCCUCAAGGUUCACAAGGAGCAAAGGGUGAAAAAGGCAUAAAAGGAGCAACAGGUGAUACUGGAGCAAGAGGGUUGGAAGGAACAGACGGCACACCGGGUCCUCCGGGUCAUCCGGGCGUCCAAGGUCCUCCUGGACAAAGAGGUCACAAAGGAGAACGAGGAUUUUCCGGCUUUAAAGGAGAACAAGGACCUCAGGGUAUUGCCGGUCCAGAGGUAAAUUUCACUCUAAACGAAUUUACUAAAUAA